AUGCUCUGCGUGAGGCAAUGUCAGUCGCUUGGAAUGAUCGAGCUGCUCUCUGUCGAGCUUGUGGCGCUUUCGCGAGUCUCGAUUGGUUGGCGCACGGAGGAGGAGGCGACGAAAGUUUUGCGCGCGUCUUCUGCACGGCGUCAUCGACAGCCAGCAGAGAUGGGCCAAGAGGACGAGGCGAUCGUGAUCAACCAAGGCUACAGACCAGGCGGACUGGACUACGACUACACGACCUACCUCUCCGUCGAGACCGAGCUUCAGCCAUCACAGAUCAUCAACAAGAUCCACAGAGGAGACAAUGCGGAUCCUAUCUUUCUCGCCCUCAAGCACAUCGGACCCGUGGGCGAGCUCAGAGAUGAGAACAUAUUCGGCGUGCCUGUUCCAUCCGCUCAAGGGUUGCAGCCCGAAGUAGAACCGCUCAUCGAGGCGAUACGAUCUAUCGAAGGCGUCAAGCAUGUCGACGUGCUCUCACUGAAGCAAAGAAGCAAACGGUAG